GCGCGGGGCCGCUCCUCCCCCCCGCCCCUCGUGAAAGCCGAUCGGGGGCGGCCGGGCGGCCAUUUUGUUCUCUGGACCCUGGGUCGCUGGAAUUGGCGGCGGCGGCCGUGUGGCUGGCGGGACCCUGGGAGCCGCCGCAGCGCUGGCCGCUUUUUAAAGGGUUUUAAUCUGUGUCAGGGGGCCGCUGCGUGGCCCUGUUUUAACCCGCCAUGUCCGCAGAGGGAGCCGCUGGCGACCAGGCUGCUGAAUAUGUUCCAGAAAAAGUGAAGAAGGCUGAAAAGAAAUUAGAAGAGAAUCCAUAUGACCUUGACGCUUGGAGCAUUCUCAUUCGAGAGGCACAGAAUCAGCCUAUAGACAAAGCACGGAAGACCUAUGAACGCCUUGUUGCCCAGUUCCCCAGUUCUGGCAGAUUCUGGAAACUGUACAUUGAAGCAGAGAUUAAAGCAAAAAAUUACGACAAAGUAGAAAAGUUGUUUCAGAGAUGCCUUAUGAAAGUGCUACACAUUGAUUUAUGGAAGUGUUACCUUUCAUAUGUACGUGAAACCAAGGGAAAGCUACCCAGUUACAAAGAAAAAAUGGCUCAGGCAUAUGACUUUGCUCUGGAUAAAAUCGGCAUGGAAAUCAUGUCAUACCAGAUCUGGGUGGAUUACAUCAAUUUUUUGAAAGGCGUAGAGGCAGUUGGAUCUUAUGCAGAAAACCAGAGGAUAACAGCUGUUCGUAGGGUUUACCAGCGAGGUUGCGUGAACCCAAUGAUCAACAUUGAACAACUCUGGAGAGAUUAUAACAAAUAUGAAGAGGGAAUCAAUAUUCACUUAGCUAAAAAAAUGAUUGAAGAUCGGAGUAGAGAUUAUAUGAAUGCUAGACGUGUGGCCAAGGAAUAUGAGACUGUAAUGAAAGGUCUGGAUCGCAAUGCUCCCUCCGUCCCCCCACAGAAUACUCCCCAAGAGGCUCAGCAGGUCGACAUGUGGAAGAAAUAUAUCCAGUGGGAAAAAAGUAAUCCACUGCGCACAGAAGACCAAACUCUCAUAACAAAAAGAGUUAUGUUUGCUUAUGAGCAGUGCCUGUUGGUCCUCGGGCAUCAUCCAGAUAUCUGGUACGAGGCUGCACAGUAUCUUGAGCAAUCCAGUAAGCUGCUAGCUGAGAAAGGGGACAUGAACAAUGCUAAACUGUUCAGUGAUGAGGCUGCUAAUAUUUAUGAAAGAGCGAUCAGCACUUUACUAAAGAAGAACAUGCUUCUGUACUUUGCAUAUGCAGACUAUGAAGAGAGUCGAAUGAAGUAUGAGAAGGUGCACAGCAUAUAUAACCGGCUCUUGGCUAUUGAAGAUAUUGAUCCCACAUUGGUAUAUAUACAAUAUAUGAAAUUUGCAAGACGGGCAGAAGGCAUCAAAUCUGGAAGAAUGAUAUUUAAGAAAGCGAGAGAGGAUGCCCGGACCCGCCAUCAUGUCUAUGUUACGGCAGCUUUGAUGGAGUAUUACUGUAGUAAGGACAAGUCAGUGGCCUUCAAGAUUUUUGAGUUGGGGCUGAAGAAAUAUGGAGACAUUCCAGAAUAUGUACUGGCAUACAUUGACUAUCUGUCUCACCUUAAUGAGGACAAUAAUACAAGAGUUUUGUUUGAACGUGUUUUAACCUCAGGAAGCCUCCCACCAGAGAAAUCUGGAGAAAUCUGGGCCCGAUUUUUAGCUUUUGAAAGUAACAUUGGUGAUCUAGCUAGUAUACUUAAAGUGGAAAAACGGAGGUUUACAGCCUUCAAAGAAGAAUACGAGGGUAAAGAGACAGCUCUGCUGGUAGAUAGGUACAAGUUCAUGGAUUUGUACCCUUGCUCUGCAAGUGAACUUAAAGCUCUUGGUUACAAGGAUGUCUCACGUGCCAAGUUAGCAGCCAUUAUUCCAGACCCUGUGGUGGCUCCUUCUAUAGCGCCUGUUCUAAAAGACGAAGUGGACAGAAAACCUGAAUACCCAAAACCAGACACACAGCAGAUGAUUCCAUUUCAGCCAAGACAUUUAGCACCUCCAGGUUUGCAUCCUGUGCCAGGCGGUGUAUUUCCAGUCCCACCAGCUGCUGUAGUUUUAAUGAAGCUCCUCCCACCUCCUGUGUGUUUUCAGGGCCCUUUUGUGCAAGUGGAUGAACUCAUGGAGAUUUUUCGAAGAUGCAAAAUGCCAGAAACUGUUGAUGAAGCUGUAAGAAUAAUUACCGGAGGUCUGCCUGAAUUAACUGUGGAAGGCAAUGGACCUGUGGAAAAUAAUACUCUGUUCAAUAAAGCUGUCAAGAGACCAAAUGAAGAUUCUGAUGAUGAAGAGGAGAAGGGAUCAGUGGUUCCUCCUGUACAUGACAUAUACAGAGCACGACAGCAAAAGAGAAUCCGAUGAAACAGGUUCCAAAUCGGACUGUGAAAGACUUGUAUUAAGAGAUUUUUUUGCCUCUUAUGUCAAAUGUUUAAAAAGGGACAACCAUUUUUAACAAACAUCUCGACAAUGAGGUUUUGUUACUGUGGUGCCUCUUUAUACUGUAUGGUUCUUGAUCAGCAGUCUUAGAAAGUGCUCUAAACAAAAUUAGGUUUUCAAAAACAAUAGCACAAAAUGUCUGAAUUGCAUUUUGUUCCUCUUCAAGUGUGUUUACAUCUACCACUUGAAGUCUUGUGGGGCUUUCAACAGUUUUAUUUUAAAAACUGGAUGGCUUAUAAUUGUGAAGCAUUUUUAAUUCACAGUUCCUGGAAAACAGUUGUUCUCAGUUUGCUCAUGUAGUGUCCUGCCUUAUUGUUUGUUUUUAUUUAUGGCAGAAUGUAUGGAAUCUGUUUUGUAGUUUUAAAAUGGAAAAAACAUUCCAUUUAAAAUAAAAAGAUAUCAAAAACUUCAUGUCUCAUUCAGAUUGUAUGUAUACACUCUUAAAUCAACCAAACAAAGCAGCCUCAAAAGAGAAAUUUUCUGGUUUCAGAGUUCUGGCCCCUCCCCAAAGUGUUGGAAGAUAAUUUGUUUCCUCAUUCCAAAGCAAAACUGAAAAGAACUGACAACACACCAAGAUAAGUUAUCAGAUGCACACUUUGUAUACUGAAAUUUCAAUAAGUACUGUUAGUCCUGCAUUAAUUUUAUCCACUGUUACCAUCUUUAGUUUACAGGCAAAAACAAGCUCAAACGACUGCAGUGGUUUUAAAAAAAAUCUUUAAGUUAAUGGUACAUCUCUCUUAGAUUGCAUUUAAACUUGCACCUUAAUAGAGUGGUUUUUUUUUCUCCCCUCCAGAUUAUACAGGCUCUUACUACAUAAGACAAACUUAAAUUCUGACCACUCAUGUGGAUAGCUGUAGUGUAGUGGUGCCAGUGAGAUUUGAAGAGGUGGACAUAUUCAGCCAGUAAAGUAUAUGCUUCACAGUGUUUACGUUGAAUUUGCAAUAGGAAUUGCUUAGUAACCUGUAGGACCAUACUUUCAUUUAACGGGAAACAAGGUGAAGCGUGGAGGGGGAUAUUUACAGAGGUAGGCCCUCAUCUGUUUGGCACAGAACCCUAAAAUGGAGAGCAAGUGUGGCUGCAUGAAGCAGCACACAGAAGCUGAAUCAGGUUCCAGUUGCUGGCCUGAGAGCUUACAUUGCCACACUUAUCUGAAUUUAUUUUUUGAAGGGACUUUAUCAGAAGAAUAUUUUUCAGUUUAGCUUGUCACCAAACAAUUAGAACACCUGGGAAAAGUAACUGAAAUGUGACAUAUAGGAACAUUUAAAAAGCACACACUUAAAAUUUAGUAGUAGGUAACAAAUGCCCAAAAUAAACAUUCCAACACAGCAGCAACUUACACUAUCUACAAGACUGAUAAAGCCCAAACAUGGAGUCAUUGGCUCUCUGCUAGUACAUCACCCCAACCUUGACCAAUGUGCCUGCUGCCCAGAUUAACUUUAAAAAAAAAAAAUUAAUAAAGCUUUAGGAAUAAAACUCAAUAUUGAGAAAGAUAGGACUGACUUACACCCGUGCAUGGUGCUCAUGUGGUCAGUACAGUGUGUUGAACAGUAAGCAGGAGCUGGCACUCAUGGACAUCUAGACUUUGCAGCUUUUGUCUAAAUGGGGGUGAUCUACAUUAAGCAAGUACACAUUUAUCCCACAAUUCAGUAGCUGACCAUUACUUAUCCAUACAACGAAUCACCCAUCCUGACAUUGUACUUAUCACAGCAUUUACUCAAUCGAUGCUAAGCUUAUGCAGUCUCUGCUCAUGAGAAACUGUUUCAGUAUACUCGUUUUAGUAUUAAGCAUGUAAGUUGGUUUGUAAGCGAUCAGUGAUAAAUGUAGAAAGAAAACCAAAAACAGAACUGAUUCUGUAUAUUUUUAAACAAAGCUGGUAGGGGAACCACUGGAGGUACUAAAAUGUAAACCUGGAACUGUGCAAGAUUUUUCAAACAGUGCUAUAGCACAACAUAAAUAAGAAAGCUCAGCCAUAUGGGGCUGAGAGCAAGUUGUGUCAGUCACCACUCCUCUGCUACUGGUAUGCUUAUGCCUCACUUAGAAACCUACUCUAAGAUUUUCAGAUCUGGGUGGUUAAGUCCAUAUUUAAACAUCUGAUUAAGUAGUUUUAUUUUCAGGAGGGCUGAGCACACAAGAACCCGGUUUGAAAAUUUUAGCCUUAAUCCUCAAUUUCACAUUAUAUCAGCUCAUGACUCCUACUUCUCAUUUUGGCAUCAAUUUCUGUCUUGUUCCUACCUUGAAAUACUCACUCAACAGGUUUCAGGGUACAGUAGUCAGAAGUUUAGGAGCUUUCACUGAACAACUUGAAUCUACAAAACUGGGCUAGAAAUUACACUAGGAACUGUGCCGAUGGCCUGAGGAGAACCAGGAUGUACAGAGGAGUGUGAAAAUGAAAAAAAAAAAUCCAUUUU